GAUGGACUUUAUGAGGUAUAGAAAAUUCUUCGUCUACAUAUUAACCUUCCUCGCCUACGCCUGGUCGGGAUAUGGAGCUGGACUGAUAGGGAACCUCCGAGACGCCGUUUUAGCUGCUGAGACCAUUUUCGGGGACUUUUUCCAGAACGCCAUCACUGUAGCCAGGAAAAUUAAGGAUAUUCACGAGGUAUUCGAUGCUGCCGUCGAGGAACAUUGUGUUUACACUUGCCCCAAUGGUGUAACAGCAAAACCUGACAGAAAUCAUGUACCUCAAAGUAAUGGAUGUGGUUCUCUAGGAAUAGAGUGCUGCGACGAGCACGAUAUCUGUUACGACACCUGCAAUUCUGAUAAAGAAAAGUGCGACUUAGAAUUCAAGCGAUGCUUAUACAAAUACUGCGAAGGCUACCAGACCACCGGAACAACAAUAGUAAACACCUGUAAAGCUGCCGCGAAGAUGCUCUACACCGGAACGACGACGUUGGGCUGCAAAAGCUACAUCGACGCUCAGUCUGCGGCUUGCUGGUGUCCCGAAAAAGAUAAAUCCAGGAGCUGGAAGAAGAAAGGAAAGUGGUCUGGAAUGGGCAAUGAAAACUCGACGCCCAAAAAGUCGGAAACACGAAAAUUCAGAGGAGACUUCAAAAGCACAGAUGGCGAUUCGUCGAAAACUUCGGAGCCAAAACGCCCUAGAAAGCAGAAGGCUAAAAGUUCUGGAGGACCUACCAACCCGUUCCUGAUUUUCUUCCUGCGGAUGAGAAGCAAGAAGCCCAAUGAGCAUGUCACGACCAUCGCAAAGGCCGCUGGCAGACAAUGGGCGAAGAUGACACCUGACCAGAGACAGAAGUACGUCAAAAUGGCCAGUGUUGCUAAGAAGAAACGCGUUUACAAAAAGAAGAAACGCGAAGAUGAUCCGGAA